GUGUUUCGAUUGAUUUUUUUGGUAUUUUUUUAUUUCCUCAACAUCCAUCAAUAAGCGUGGCUAGCCAGGGUAUAAAAAGGAAAAUGAGUAGCUCCGAGGAGGUAUCAUGGAUUUCCUGGUUCUGCGGACUUCGCGGUAACGAAUUCUUCUGUGAGGUGGAUGAGGAUUACAUACAGGAUAAAUUCAACUUGACAGGAUUGAACGAGCAAGUACCGAACUACCGUCAGGCGUUGGACAUGAUCUUGGAUCUUGAACCCGAGGAUGAAAUCGACGAUAAUCCUAACCAGUCGGAUCUGAUCGAACAGGCGGCCGAGAUGCUGUACGGGCUGAUACACGCGAGAUACAUUCUCACAAAUCGGGGAAUAGCUCAAAUGAUAGAAAAAUACCAGAGCGGUGAUUUCGGCCACUGCCCGCGGGUCUACUGCGAAAGCCAACCGAUGCUUCCACUAGGUCUUUCCGACGUACCCGGGGAGGCAAUGGUGAAGUCCUACUGUCCGAAAUGUAUCGACGUGUAUACACCAAAGUCCUCAAGACAUCAUCACACCGAUGGUGCAUACUUCGGAACCGGGUUCCCGCACAUGCUAUUUAUGGUACAUCCGGAGUACCGUCCCAAACGUCCCGCAAAUCAAUUCGUACCACGUUUGUACGGUUUUAAGAUCCACUCCUUAGCGUAUCAAAUCCAACUGCAGGCAGCAGCAAACUUCAAGGCGCCGCUACGAGGGAGCUCGGCGAAGGGCAUCGAUAACUGAACCGCAGGCCGCCGGGACUUUAUCGAGAAGAUAGUUUGAGGUUCGUUAGUGGCGCAUCAACCAAUCCACACACGGCGACGGACACGGCAGAGGGCCGGUUGGCACGCUACGAUCGAACGCUUAAGUGAUCCCCAGAGGACAUGAAACGAGAAUAAUAAUUGAAGGCAUCAGACCUACACCUUAGGAAAAUGUGGACCCCGCGAGUCGGAAGCGGAGCUGCAAAACAAAAAGUCCAACCCAACAAUAACCUACUACGUCGGUAUUCAUCUUACAUUUUCUGCAUCCCCAUCGACGGCGCGUCACAUCAUUUCUAUCCAUCGCUGUUGCUGUUGGGAGAUAGCGACUGUGAGAUAAAAAGAGAGAGCAAGAGAUAGAUACAGCAUAACGAUGCAUUGGAAAGUGUGAAACAAACCAGGUACCAGGUCGACAUUCACAGGCAGAAAGCAGAGCACAGCGAGAUAGAGAGAGAGAGAGAGAGAAAGAGUCCUUUCGGUAGCAACAUAAAAUUUCAUAACUAUUCAGCAUAAGAGCAUUUUGGCGCGACGCACGAGUGAUAAACACAUGCAUGAAGAAUUCAUUCAUCAUGAAGCGCAUCCUGGUGUGGCGUCAGGCGUCAACCAAGUGGUACGGCGCACGGGGAGCGAUCGUGAAAGGAGAGCCAACACCACCCGUGCGAUCAACGCGUAGAUCAAUUGUAAAUUCUCGUUUCUUUUCAAUCUGGUCAAACAUCGGCAGAUAAAAGAUCAUAGUCAGAUAUCAUAUCAAGCGUCUAUUAUGUUUAUCAGAGAGUAGGGUCUAUUUGUUUCAGCAAUAGCAUUAAUAGUGCGUGUGCAUGCCGCGUGGUGUUGUGCUGCUAUAUCUGUUAACAAUUUUCAAUUGAUUUUUUUUUUUUCAUAUAAGUAACCCGUUUCUUUUGCCCCCGCAAUCGCCCGUGGCGUGUGGUGAGUGUUCGAACGAACUAUGGGUUUUGUUACUUGCAGUCAUGCGGCGCUGUUACUAUUUGAAGCAAUCGGACCAUGAAACCCGAUCGACGGAAAGCCAUCGCGUGAAACCGACGUACAAUGCACAGUGUUAAAAUGCAGCGCCACACAUUUGAAUUUAUCAUUGUUGCUGUACCGAUCAAUAUGGUGUCUCAUGGUUGAUUUGUGUAGCCCGCUCUUUAUUUGGGAAGCUUACAACACGGGUUCGCGUUGUCUGCGCACGCGAUCGUGAGUGACUCUGAAAUUCUCCGAAUUCCUCUGAGCCCCUCGAGAGGGGCUAGCAACUAAACCACUUCCGUUCGUGGUAAUGACCAUGGGGUUACAAUGCGCGUACGAGAGCUGCUGUGAGAGGCGGCUUCCUGUGUGUAGUAGCUUGAUGAUCUGUAGAAUAAACGAAUAUUAAUACACUUCAAUUUCAAUUCCCUUCUUGAUAAAUCGGUGGUCCCGGUUGGUCGGUCGGACAGUUAGGGAUCGAAAGGUGUAGGAAAGUUUCCUGCGUCUGCACUUGCGCAACAGUGGCGCUGUGAAGUGUAUCGAAUAGAGAGAGAGAGAGAACCGAAAGCAGCAACAAAUGUGAACAAUGAACGUAAAAGAACCGAAUGUGAACAAUAACACUAGUUGAAUAGAAGGGACAAGUAAAUUAAAACAAAUGAACAUCAUCUCACACACCCGUUCGCUAAUUCUAUACCAAGGACUGUAGGGAAUACGUAAGACCAGGAAUACGUGAUAAGUUUACAUUUUUGUUAUACAUUUUCUAUAACAAGGCAACCGCGCAGUCCGAAGUUUGUCGGAGCUGUUUUAAAAUAUUAAUUUUCCCCGAUUCCCUGCUCAAACACAAAAGUCGAACUUCAGCCACUUUGCUUUUGUGUUUUACUUUAUUUCAGUUCCGCCAAACGGAAGCACUAACUUGUUGUUUUUCUAGUUUAUAUGUUUUUUAUCGCCCAAACAAACCCAAAUGUUGAACGAGCCACUUUUGCUACCACCAUGUACUUCGUCUAUCUAUUUACUUUAAUAUCUAAUGAGUUACAAUGUAUUGUGCAUUUGUAUUUCUGUUUGUCAGAGAGAGAUAGAGAGAGAGUGAGA